UUGGCCUGGUAGAACGUGUAACCCAAGUGUAUUUCAAGAUGGCAGCUUGAAUGUCUUGUUGAAUGGUGUGCUAUUUGUCAGAUAUAACUUUGUGAAUUUAUAUGUGUGACCAGCCUUUGGAGUAUUUUAUAUAAUCUGUUUUUUGGGAUCAGAUGCGACAGUGUGGCAGUGCGUGAAACGUCAUGACGUAUCAUAUGUUCAUUUUCGUAUGUUGACUGACUGUCAGUGAAAAUAAAGUGCUGAAUGAAUAUGUUUGCAAGUUUGAAGAAUAAAAUUAAAGAAGAAACGGGUAGUGACCUAACCAAUCUUCCAAUUUUAGGUAAUCAGACACUAAAACUAGGUUCAGGACGAUUUAGGGGAAAACAUUCGCGACAAGGAUCAGGUUCAAGUAUUGGGAGUAUUUCUCUAGAAAGUGUUACCGAUGAACAUCCAUCAUCUCCUUUGUCUUUAAGCAAACAAGAUGUGUCUGAUGUGAAAUUUGAGGAAGGAAAAGUUUUAACUGCCAAAGAAAUUAAACGUCUUGAAAAAAGAGAAGAUGAGUGGAGAAAAAUUUUACAAAAGAAAGAGGAUGACUGGGCCAAAAAAAUGGAAAGGAAAGAAGAAGAAUUCAAGAAACGACUGGAUGACCAGCAGAAAGAGUGGAAGAGAUCUUUGGAAUUGCUGGAAAAAGAGAAGAAUGUUUUAGAAGAUGAGAAACGAGAAGUAGUGAAACAAAAAUUAAAUUUAGAAGAUGCUCUGAAGGUUGCAGAAGAAUAUAAGAAAAAGGUUUAUCAGUAUCAAGAAGACAUUGAUCAGUUAGAAGGCUUCCAAACGCAAGAAAUGGCUAAAAUCAAACAUCUGUUACUUGUUAAGGAGCAAGAAUUGGCAGAGAAAGAUGGCGUCUUAAAAGAGAAUUCUGAUCAAGUUGAAGCUUUGAAAGCUGAAGUCGGUAGAUUACAUAGAUAUGAAGAGGAGCUUAAUAAUGUGCAACGCGUGGCGGCGCUGCUGGGCGAGCGCGCGCUGCUCGAGCGCCGCCUCGAGGAGGCGCACCUGCACCUGGCCGACAUCAAGAGCUCGUGGAGCGACAAGAUCGCCUCGCUCGAGACGCAGGUGGGGCGGCUGUGCCGGCAGGCCGGCGAGGAGGGUGCGGAGCGGCGGCGCGCCGAGAGCGAGCGCGACGCGCUGCUGGAGCGCACGCGCGCGCUCGAGGUGCUGCUGGAGCGCGCCAAGAGCGCGGCGCGCCGCCAGGACGAGCAGCUGGCCGACGCCCGCGCGCGCGCCGACGCGCUCGCCGCCGACCUCCAAGAGCUGCAGCUCGCCACCGGCCAGGAAAUCGUUGACCUGGGCGAGCGAAUCGAAGCUUCAAAUAAUGAAAGAACAGAUUUACUGAAUCGUCUUGAAGAAGCAGAAAAAAGACUUAAAGAAAUUAGUGAAGAACAUAAAGUUAUUAGUAAUUCCUUACAAAGUGAGCAGACCAAAUCUUCUCAACUUGAUGAAGAACUGCGACAAGUACAAGUGGAAUUGCGUGGAGAACAAGCACGUUGUAUAGAAUUGCAAAAAUCACUUAGUCAUGAACGUCAAGACAAAGAUGCUAUCCUUUUGCGAAAUGCACAAGUUAGUCAAGAGGUGCAAUUGGCACAGCAAGCAGCACGUGAACAACAAAGAGAUCAGGCAGAGCUUUUAAAUCGAGUUACCAGUCUUGAAAACCAAUUAUCUGAGAAAAAUAAGGAAUCAGAGAGAUGGAAAUCAUUGAAUGAAAAUUUGUCUAGAAGAGUUCAGGAACUGGAAUUGGUAGAACAUAACAAGCAGGCUGCAGUAGAUUUGGAGCGAGAUCUCAGAAAGAACAUCUGUGACCUUGAGGAACAGCUGGCAGAAAAAAACAAAAGUAUAAAGGUUCUUCAACAACGUUUGGCAGACAUGAAAAAAACUCUUCAACGUGAACUUCGUGGACCAGGUGGUUCCUCUGAUUCUGGUCCACCUUCAGAUAUGUCUGAUGGUUUUUCAAAUUUUCUGGGAUCCAAUUCUGGAUCUGCAUCUCUGUCUAGCAAUAAUGUAACUCGAAGUGCACGAAGCCCAAAUUUGCAAGCUAUUUCUACUAAUCAUCUUCCAAAGGGUGAAGAAUCAGAUGAUAUUAACUUCAAAUAUCUUAAGCAUGUUCUCAUCAAAUUCCUAACCAGCAGAGAGUAUGAGGCACAACACCUUACAAGAGCUGUUGCCACAUUGCUUAAAUUCACCCCUGAAGAGGAACGAUUGUUACGAGAGACACUGGAAUGGAAAAUGUCCUGGUUUGGAACUCGACCGUCCCUGGGAAUUGGGCAAACCUCAAAAACAAUACCUCCUAGCUGAUAGUUUGUAUAAUUAGGUAGUCUCCUGUGACUGAAUACAUUUGUUCACCACCAUAUUUAUUUGUUCAAGGAUUGCUUUCUGGUGGCUAAUGAUAUGGCCACUAGUUAGCUGAAUUGAGGAGAUAAUCUUAUCAGUUUUAAUACUGAGAAGUUAUGAAUACUAUGAUCAUUUUUGUUUUUUCAUAUUUUAAACACAAUAUUGAAGAUCAUUAGUUGUGGCCACGUUUUAUAGCUGAUAUUCAAAUUCACAAAAUUUGUGAAUAUAAGAACUUUUGUAUAGACUGAGAACAGUAGUGUAUCUUUCAUUAUUAGAGGUUAUUUCAUUAGGUAACCGAUUUAGACCAAAAUUCUAAAAAUGUUUUUAGUUAUCACAUGUUUUGUUGGGAGGAGGAUUUCAUAUUUUUGAACGAAUAUUAAAUAACUAUUGUAAAAAAGGGAUAAAAUUGAUGAUCAUUUAUGUUGAUUUGUAUUCUGGCUUUUCAUCUUCCCCAUACCUUUGUGAUAGAAACAUUGUGUUCUGUUGAAUUUGUGUGACUGAUAAUUUUAUUGUUAAACUUGCAACUUGCAUUUGCAUCAAAUGGUUAUUGUAAGAGGCAUAUUUUUAAUCCAUUAUUCUGUAUAAAGAUUAAGAACAUUAUAUAUUUAUUUUUUGCCUACUCAAAACAACUUCAGUAAUUUUUGUUGAUAAUUUUGUAUGAUUACCUUUUACUCCAUAUUCAUAUUUAUUGAUAUCGAUUGAAACUUGUUUUCUAGGUUAGUAUUUAAAAAUUGCUUGCAAGAGUUCUUUAAAGAGUAUAUAAAAUAUAGAUGUAAAAAAUGAAGUAGGGUUUUGUUUGUGCUUUUCAAUUUUAAUGAUCUUUUUAAAGAUUGUUCUGACUGCUAUUCUGCUCAUAUUGCAAUGGUUUGCAAGUGGUGCCAAAGUUCUGUAAGCUUUCAUUAUUUCAGUAUAUUGUUUGAUAUCUGGGGUUUCAUGUCAUUGCAGAGAAAGGAUGUGUUCCAAAUAUCAUUUGCAUCCAACAUAAUUGUGUUGAGCAUCACAAAUUAAAAUAUCAGUGUACUUUGGAACAAAAAGUUUUGAUUGUACACCAUACCCUUGUAAUACUUUGUACAUACUUUUACAUUUCCCCUUUAGGGAGAAUAUUCUGUGAAUAUGUAUUGUAUUAUCAUGAAAAUUAAAAGAUCAUUUAACAAGAAAUCUAACUAUAGUAAAUGUAUUUCAUUGAUUUUAAUACUGUUUCUAGAAGCCAAGUUGAUUUUCUACAUCUUUGUAUUAAAUAAAAAGUACAACUUACAUUCAUACUUUUUUUCACAAGAUUUAAACUGGGAGCCAUCAGAAAAAACCACGCUUCAUCAAUUCCUCGAAAUAUUUUGACUGAUAGCCAGGAUCAAGAUGAACUUCAAAGCGAAUGUAUGGCGGUCCCUGGUGGUUUCUGAUGGAAGAGAGGAAUGGACUCCUCACACAUUUUUCUCUUUUGAAUGUAAAUUCCAAAUACAAUACUCGUUCAUGAAGGAAGGAAAAUGUAUGCUUUUUUUAUGCCAUAGUUAUCGGAAAUUCUUUCAUGGAGUUUAAAAGCGCACGCUUUUUAGGCGAUGCGAAAACUGGAAAAUCGCUUAGAGGAGGAAAUCUCAGCGUUUCCUUCUCUCGUGUAAUAAUGGACCGUAUGGCAUAGCGCUGCGGCGGCAAAGAAAAGACACUUUUUUUAAGUAGUUUAUGCGGCAUGAAAGGAGGAGAUCCUCCUGAAGAAUGCCAACUAUUAGAAUUAAAUAAAUAAAU